UACUGUUUUUCCCCUUUUUAAUAACUGCAUUGCUGAUCCAUCCUUCAUGUUUCUCGUUACUGUUGAUCUUGAUCCCUUUUUGUUCUGUGCAUUUUUAUGCUCUUUUGAUUUUGAAGUUCGUCUUGGUUUUCGGGAUUGUUUCGAUGAAGAAGAACGUUUUUUAUGUUUUCUUUUCGGUUUUAUUUAGGUUUUCUACCAAUUUGGUUUGUGCCCUAGUUUCGAAAUUCUGUUGUUAAUCUGAUUUUUAUGGUUUUCGUAUUGGCUUCUUGUAUGUGCUUUUGAAUCUUGUGCUAGUUUAUCGAUCAUUUUGGGAAAUCUUUGACUGUUCGAUUUUUUCCACUCUUGCGAUUGAUUUGUGGUCAGGCGAAGACGCCCGAGUAAUUAGGGAAUUCUGCAGGAUUUUGAAUCUUCUAUGGAAUUAACAGAACUCUUUAUUUUAUGCUGCGUACUUCUUUUAUUAAAGUAUUAAUUACUUAUUUUAAAUUUGAUCAUUGUUCUUACUAUACUAAAACCAUUCUCCCGAUUACGUUACUUCGUUGUUUCCUGAUUUCCAUAAAAAUCUAUCUUUGUUCUGUUUGAUCAAAGUCCAACUCUGUUUCCGAACGUACUGCUACCAAUUAUGAUACUUCUUACUACAUUAGAUUUUUGUUGAAUGGAUAAUUUGGACCAAAAUAGGGUUUAUAUGUAAAGUUGAGGCUAUAGGAUGUUUGAAAAUGGAUAAUGAAACUUUAAUACUUUAUUUUUGAUUGUUUUGAGUAUGUAAUUCACUUCCCUUCGUUUUCAUCGUUCUUAUUGUUGUAAUAAGAUACAUUUGCUGCAUUAUUCAAAGAGGAUUGUAAUUGGUAUCCCUUUUUGGGUGUUACUUGAUGCAGCGAGAAGAUCCUAAAAAAUAAGCAAUAAUGGUCCUGGAUAAGGCGAUGGAAGAGUAGUUCUUGUAGAAAGAGAGAGAGAUAGAGAGCAUUUGAUGGCUAAUUCUGCUUCAGACUCCUACUUACAAGCUGUCUCAUUGGGCAAACAUAUGAGCAGUUCUCUGUUCAGUAUUCCUGGAUUCUUUGCCGGGUUUGGGUCGAGAGGUUUCGUAGACAGCGAUUCACUUAGAAGUCCUACGUCGCCUUUGGAUUUCAGGCUUUUUUCCAAUCUAAGCAACCCAUUUGGUUUUAAAUCCAUAUCAUCAGCUGAAUCUGAAAGUGGUCGUCAAAAUAAGUUUGUUUCUAGUGAGAUAGGUCUUGGCAUCAUAAAUUCUAUUGUUGUUGAUGACUGUGGACCGACCAGUGAAGCCCCCGAUUCGAACCCGAGGAAGAAUGUAAUAUUUGGUCCACAAAUCAAAACUAAAAUCUUUAAAUCGUCAACCCAUUAUAUCAAAUCUUUGGGUUCUUCUUGGAAAUCUUAUUCUUUGCCAAGCAAUUAUACAAUCUCGUCACUUUCCAAAACCAAAGUUCCAAGCUCCUCUGGAGCCAUAAAUGGUGACUCUGCCAAUGGAGAAUUUUCUGCUUUAGAAUCUGAACCCUUCGAACAUAAUGCUGGCAGCUUUUCCUCCUCUGGUAUUGUUGACUUGACUCAAACUUCUGAUCCAAGUGCUGAAUUUUUUCCUUUGAUUAACAAUGGCCCUCAAGGGGAAAAGUCAUUGCCCAUGAAAUCCUGUUCCUUGCCAAUAACCAUUGGAAACGAUUCACAUAUAGCCUCUCUUUCUGCUAGAGAGAUAGAACUUUCUGAAGACUAUACUUGCAUUAUUUCUCAUGGUCCAAACCCAAAGAUGACGCGCAUUUUUGGUGACUGUAUUUUGGAAUGUCAGACGGAUGAAAAUGUCGAUUCCGGUAGGACAGAUUCAGAAGAACCUGGGAUCAAAUCAUCUCCGUUGGGAAGUUGCUCAGAAGGUUUGAGCUAUGAAGCUGCUGGGAAUGCGAGUUUGCGAAUCUGUCACUCGUGCAGGAAAGUUUUGAAAGAAGAGCAUGAUAUUUAUCUAUGGAGGGAUGGCAAGGCUCUCUGCAGUUCUCAAUGCAGCUCUCAGGAGAUUUCCGCAGAAGAUAAAAUCGAGAAGGGUUCGGAAGAUGGCAGCGAUAGCUCUGCAGCGUCGAGCUACCAUGAAGAUCUCUUCAUCAUGGGUCUCCCUUUUGCUUUAUGACAAUGAGUUAUAGUUUCUUUUCGCACCCUCCCACAGACGUAUUCAGUGAGGCGAAACGACAGGAAGAGGAGGAUCAUCUGUUUAGCAAGAGCUGUCUGUGUAAAUCAAUGAGUCUGCAGCCAUGGAUGAUCGCAGAGCUUAGAGUUUUAAUUUAUUUUUUUUAUCCAUUUUGUGGUUUCAUGGUGUUGGCGAGUCCCGAGUAGAAAGAUGAGAGUUUUUGGUUGUUUAUUGAAGAUUUUGAUCCGACUUUGUUAAUCCUGGAGAUCAUUUUGGUGUUGUAUCUCAAAGGCUUUUUUGUUAAGUUGAAUAAAAGAUUGUUUUGAAGAGUUGUUUAA